AUCAAAAGUUUAUCGAGAUUCAUAAGAAUCCCAUUGAUCGAACCCUUCGGACGUUAUCGUUUUCCAGCUGCCAUUUCCCAGACCCUAGCUUGCCGAAAUCUGAAGUUUGAACAAGUUGUCGAGUUUCGUCAAAAAAAAAACUCAUCAAAACGUUAAAUCAUUCCGAUCCCGAGGUUAAGGUUGGUUACGUCAUGAAUCUGCUGCUUCCUGCCUUUCUGGCCACGGUUGGAUUGAGCUUAAUCGAUUCUUGGGUAGCCGCCAUCAAGGACACCUGGGAGUUCCCGGCGGGGUACAAAAAGCCGGCCCAAAUUUUGCACAAAAUCUGUCUGGCCGAAUCAGGUGCCCAGGAAGAUACGCUAAGUCAGUGCAUGGACGGAACGCUACACAACGAUCGGGGCGUCAAGUGCUACAUGCACUGUCUGUUUGAGAAAACCACGGUCCUGGACAAGGCCACCGGUCAGAUCAAACCGGAACGGAUGGCUCCGCUGGCACCGAACUCGGACAUGAGGGAGGCGUUUUUGCACCUGUCCGAUUCCUGCAAUGGGCAUGCUAUUAUGGAAGAUCCAUGUGAUACAGCUUACGAGGCAGCAAAAUGUUUCCUGGGAGCACACGAUGAGGUUGUGAAAUUUUGUCACCUACUGAUGGCUGACUAAAUUUGUAUUACAACCAAUAGAAUUGGGGUUUGAGUUAUUUUUUCAAGUACGUACAGGAUAGUCAAAAAAUAAAUAAAUAAUGAGGUACAGGGGAAAUUCUCACUGAUAUUGCUCAU